GAGCUGCUGGACCGUACUGGGCUGGACUGGACCGUACUGGGCUGUGCCAAUCUGUGCUGAGCUGUGCCAGACCAUACUGGGCUGCGCUGGACCAUACUGGGCUGUACCAACCUGUGGUGAGCUGUACCAGACCAUACUGGGCCAUACUGAGCUGUGCCAGGCUAUAGUGGGCUAUACCAGGCUAUACCAAGCAGUGCCAGGCUGUACCGAGCCGUGCCAAGUACUGGUGAGCUGUGUUGGCCCAGAGUGGGCCGUAGUGGGCUAUCCUGAACUGUGCCAAGCUGUGCUAGUCCAUACCAAGCUGUGCCAAAUACCAGUAAGCUCUGUUGGGCCAUACCGGACUAUGCCAAGCUGUGCCAGUCCAUACUGAUCUACACUGGGCCAGACCAGGCUGUGUUGAGCUGCACUGGGCCAUACUGGGCUGUAUCAAAUCCAAGCUGUGCCAGAACGAGCCGUGGUGAGCUGUGCUAGUCCCUAAAACUUGGUGCCCACUCCGUACCCGCUGUGCACCAUGGUGGCGGGGAUGCUGAUGCCGCUGGAGCGGCUCCGUGCCAUCCUGGAGCUGCUGUUCCGUGAAGGAGUGCUGGUGGCCGAGAAGGACCCGCGCCCACGCCGACCCCACCCACAGCUGCCCGGGGUGCCCAACGUGGAGGUGCUGCGGGCCAUGGGCUCACUGCGUUCCCGUGGCCUGGUGAGGGAGACCUUCGCCUGGCGCCACUACUACUGGUACCUGACGGAUGCUGGCAUUGCCCACCUGCGCCAGUACCUGCACCUGCCCCCCGACAUUGUGCCACGCUCCAUGCAGCGGGUACGGCACCCGGCGCAGCCCCAACGCCGUGCCCCUCACACCUCUGCCAGUGCCACUGCCAACGUUUCUGCCAACGCCUCCACCAAAGUGUCUGCCAAUGCCAGCGGCGGCACCAACACUGGCACUGAUACCGGCACCAGCCGAGCACGCCGUGGUGAGCGGCUCUACCGCAGGAAGGAGGAGACCGAGGGGCAUGUGGCCCCUGGCAUUGCCAUGGUGGGAGUGUCCCAGCUGCCCCCCUCCGAUGCUCCCCCAGCCCCAGAUGAACGUGACCGCGUCCAGAAGAAAACCUUCACCAAAUGGGUCAACAAGCACCUUAUCAAGGCACAGCGCCAUGUCAACGACCUGUAUGAGGACCUGCGGGAUGGGCACAACCUCAUCUCGCUGCUGGAGGUGCUCUCGGGGGACACCCUGCCCCGGGAGAAGGGCCGGAUGCGCUUCCACAAGCUGCAGAACGUCCAGAUCGCCCUCAACUACCUGAAGCAUCGGCAGGUUAAGCUGGUGAACAUCCGCAAUGAUGACAUCGCCGAUGGCAACCCCAAGCUGACGCUGGGGCUCAUCUGGACCAUCAUCCUCCACUUCCAGAUCUCAGACAUCCAGGUGAGCGGGCAGUCGGAGGACAUGACAGCCAAGGAGAAGCUGCUGCUCUGGUCCCAGCGCAUGGUGGAGGACUACCAGGGCCUGAGGUGUGACAACUUCAGCAGCAGCUGGCGCGACGGGCGCCUCUUCAACGCCAUCAUCCACCGCCACAAGCCGAUGCUGAUCGACAUGAACCGAGUCUUCCGGCAAAGCAACCUGGAGAACCUGGACCAGGCCUUCACCAUCGCCGAGCGCGAGCUGGGUGUCACCCGCCUGCUAGACCCUGAAGACGUGGAUGUGCCACAGCCUGACGAGAAGUCGAUCAUCACCUACGUCUCCUCGCUCUACGAUGCCAUGCCACGUGUACCCGAGGUGCAGGAUGGUGUCAAGGCCAAUGAGCUGCAGCUGCGCUGGCAGGAGUACUACGAGGUGGUGACAGCGCUGCUGCGGUGGCAGCGCCAGCACACGGUGCAGUUCGAGGAGCGUCGCUUCCCUGCCAGCUACGAGGAGGUGGAGAUCCUCUGGCGCCAGUUCCUGAAGUUCAAGGAGACGGAGCUGCCAGCCAAGGAGGCCGACAAGAACCGUGCCAAGGCCAUCUUCCAGAGCCUGGAGGGUGCGGUGCAGUCGGGGCAGCUGAAGGUGCCACCCGGGUACCACCCGCUGGACGUGGAGAAGGAAUGGGGGCAGCUGCACGUGGCCGUGUUGGAGCGGGAGAAGCUGCUGCGGGCAGAGUUCGAGAGGCUGGAGAGGCUGCAGCGUGUGGUCACCAAGCUGCAGAUGGAGUCAGGGCUGUGCGAGGAGCAGCUCAACCAGGCCGAUGCCCUGCUCCAGGCCGAUGUGCGGCUGCUGGCGGCGGGCAAGGCGGCACAGCGGGCAGCAGAGCUGGAGCGGGACCUGGACAAGGCAGAUGGCAUGAUCCGGCUGCUCUUCAACGACGUCCAGACCCUGAAGGAUGGGCGGCACCCGCAGGGCGAGCAGAUGUACCGCCGCGUGUACCGCCUGCAUGAGCGCCUGGUCGCCAUCCGCACCGAGUACAACCUGCGGCUCAAGUCGGGCGCAGUGCCCACGGUGGUGCCAGCAGUGACGACGGUGACGACGACGGCAGCAGUGCCCCAGCGGCCGAGGGCAGAGCUGGAGGAGGGGACACUGCGCUACCUGCAGGACCUGAUGGCAUGGGUGGAGGACAACCAGCAGCACCUGGCAGCAGCCGAGUGGGGUGUCGACCUGCCCACCGUGGAGGCGCAGCUGGGCAGCCACCGCGGCCUGCACCAGUCCAUCGAGGAGUUUCGUGCCAAGAUCGACCGGGCACGGGCUGACGAGGCCCAGCUCACCCCUGGGUCCCGCGGAGCCUACCGAGAGUGUCUGGGCAAACUGGAGCUGCAGUAUGGGAAGCUGCUGACCUCGUCCAAGUCGCGUUUGCGGCACCUGGAGAGCCUGCAGAGCUUCAUCAAUGCUGCCACCAAGGAGCUGCUGUGGCUGAGCGAGCGUGAGGAGGAGGAGGUCACCUUUGACUGGAGCCACCACAACCCCAACGUGGCAGCCAAGAAGGACAGCUACUCGGCACUGAUGCGGGAGCUGGAGCUGCGGGAGCGGCGGGUAAAGGAGCUGCAGAGCACUGGCGAGAGGCUGCUGCGGGAGGAGCACCCAGGCAGGCAGACACUGGAGGCGUUCCUGGCAGCGCUCCAGACCCAGUGGAGCUGGAUGCUCCAACUCUGCUGCUGCAUUGAGCGGCACCUGAAGGAGAACAGUGCCUACUUCCAGUUCUUCACCGAGGUGCAGGAGACGCAGGAGCUGCUGCGCAGAACAGAGGAGGCCAUGAGGAGGAAGUUCACCUGCGACCGCGGCGUCACCGUCACCCGCCUGGAGGACCUGCUGCAGGACUGCUCCGAGCAGAAGGAGCAGCUGGCAGAACUGGAAGUGCAGCUGGGGGCCCUUGCCCGCCGUGCCCAGGGCAUCGUUCAGUUGAAGCCGCGCAGCCCGGACACCCCCCUGCAGGGCCGUCCCUCCCUCCAGGCUGUCUGCGACUACAAACAGAUGGAGAUCACAGUGCACAAGGGCGAUGCCUGCACCCUGCUGAGCCAGGCACAGGGGCACCGCUGGCGGGUGCAGGGCACGGGGGGCAGUGAGGCAUUGGUGCCCUCAGUCUGCUUCCUGCUGCCCCCUCCAAACCCUGAGGCACUGGAGGCUGUGCGCAGGCUGGAAGCCUCCCACCGGCAGCUGCUGGACCUCUGGCAGCAGCAGCACCAGGACCUGCGGUGCCUGCUGGCUUGGCAGUGCCUGCGGCGCCACAUUCAGCAGAUCCAGGCCUGGACCCCGCACACGUUCCGCUCGCUGCCCGCAGAGGAGUGCCAGCGGGUGCUGCGGGAGCUGGAUGCCCACUACCAGGAGUUCCUGCGGCUCAGCCAGGACGCAGGUGGCUUCCAGCCAGGAGAGUGCCAGCAGCUACAGCGUGACUAUGCCAGCUGCACCCAGAAGUACCAGAAGCUGCUGCGCUCCCAAGAGAAAGGCGAGCAGGAGGAGGCUCUGUGCCGAAGCCACAUCUCGCAGCUGAGGGACAUUCGGCUGCAGCUGGAGAGCUGCGAGAGCCGCACGGUCACCAAGGUGCGGCUGCCCCUGGGCAAGGAGCCUGCGCGCGAGUGCGCCCAGCGCCAGAGCGAGCAGCAGCAAAUCCACCUAGAGCUGGAGGGCAUCAAGAAGAGCCUGGCAAAGGUCAGCGAACGCACAGAGCAGGUGCUGGCACAGCCCGAGCAGGUGGGCUCAGCCCCGCUGCUGCGCUCCGAGCUGGAGCUCACCCUGCAGAAGAUGGAGCAGGUCUACAGCCUGUCCAGCAUCUACCUGGAGAAGCUGAAGACCAUCGACUUGGUGAUCCGCAGCACGCAGGGUGCAGAGGAGAUGCUCAGGAAGUACGAGGAGCAGCUGAAAGAUGUGCAGACGGUGCCAGCUGACCUGCAGGAGCUGGAGGCCAGCAAGGCCGAGCUGAAGCGGCUGCGGGCACAGGCUGAGGGCCACCAGCCCUUCUUCAGUGCACUGGAGACCGACCUGGGCAAGGCCACGGAGGUGAACGAGCGGCUGGUGCGGGGGCACAGCGAGCGUGAUGUGGACCUGGAGAGAUACCGGGAGCGGGCGCAGCAGCUGCUGGAGCGCUGGCACGCAGUGCUGGCACAGACUGAGCUGCGCCAACGCGAGCUAGGCCAGCUGGGCAGGCAGCUUGGCUACUACCGGGAGAGCUGUGACGCCCUGCUGCAGUGGAUCCGCGAUGCCAGGCAGCGCCAGGAGCAGAUCCAGGCCGUGCCCAUCACGGACAGCAAGGCUGUGCGGGAGCAGCUGCUGCAGCAGAAGGCCCUGUUGGAGGAGUGUGAGCGCAACAAGGAGAAGGUGGAGGAGUGCCAGCGCUAUGCCAAGCAGUACAUUGAUGCCAUCAAGGACUAUGAGCUGCAGCUGGUCAGCUUCAAGGCGCAGGUGGAGCCAGUGGCAUCUCCGGCCAAGAAGCCCAAGGUGCAGUCGGCGUCUGACAGCAUCAUCCAGGAGUACGUGGAGCUGCGGACACGGUACAGUGAGCUGACCACGCUCAGCAGCCAAUACAUCAAGUUCAUCACCGAGACACUGCGACGGCUGGAGCAGGAGGAGAAAGCUGCCAAGAAGCUGAAGGAGGAGGAACGGCAGCGGCUGGCGGAGGUGGAGGCCCAGCUGGAGAAGCAGCGGCAGUUGGCCGAGGCCCAUGCCAAAGCCAAAGCACAGGCGGAGGCAGAGGCACAGGAGCUGCAGCACCGCAUGCAGGAAGAGGUGACCCGGCGUGAGGUGGUGGCUGUGGACGCCGAGCAGCAGAAACAGAACAUCCAGCAGGAGCUGCUGCAGCUGCGGCAGAACUCAGACCACCAGAUCAAGUCCAAGGUGAAGCUGAUUGAGGAGGCUGAGUACAACCGCAAGAAAGUGGAGGAGGAGAUCCGCCUAAUCCGCCUGCAGCUGGAGAGCACUGAGAAGCAGCGGGCAAGUGCUGAGACCGAGCUGCAGGAGCUGCGGGCCCGUGCUGAGGAGGCCGAGCGGCAGAAGAGGCAGGCUCAGGAGGAGGCUGAGCGGCUGCGGCGCCAGGUGAAGGAGGAGAGCCAAAAGAAGCGGGAGGCCGAGGAGGAGCUGCAGCGCAAGGUACAGGCAGAGCGGGAUGCAGCACGGGAGAAGCAGAAGGCAGUGGCAGACCUGGAGAAGUUGCGGCUGCAGGCAGAGGAGGCCGAGCGCCGCAUGCGGCAGGCGGAGGCCGAGAAGGAGCGACAGAUCCAGGUGGCCCAGGAGGUGGCCCAGCGCAGCGCUGAGGCCACGCUGCAGAGCAAGCGGCUCUCCUUUGCUGAGAAGACGGCACAGCUGGAGCUGUCGCUGCAGCAGGAGCACAACACUGUGGCCCAGCUUCAGGAGGAGGCUGAGCGGCUGAAGAGGCAGCAGCUGGAGGCCGAGCGCUCACGGGAGGAGGCUGAGAAGGAGCUGGAGCACUGGCAGCAGAAGGCCAAUGAAGCGCUGCGGCUGAGGCUGCAGGCAGAGGAGGUGGCCCAUAAGAAGACACUGGCACAGCAGGAGGCUGAGAAGCAGAAGGAGGACGCGGAGCGGGAGGCCCGCAAGCGUGCUAAGGCAGAGGAGUCAGCCCUGCGUCAGAAGGAGCUGGCAGAGGAGGAGCUGGAGAAGCAGCGGGAGCUGGCAGAGGGCACAGCCCAGCAGAGGCUGGCAGCAGAGCAGGAGCUAAUCCGGCUGAAGGCCGAGAUGGAGAAUGGGGAGCAGCAGCGGCUGCUGCUGGAGGAGGAGCUCUCACGGCUGAAGACAGAGGUGAGUGAAGCCAUCCAGAAGAGGAAGGAGGUGGAGGACGAACUGGCCAAGCUGCGGGCUGAGAUGGAGGUGCUACUGGAGAGCAAGGCCAAGACAGAGGAGGAGUCACGUUCCAGCAGUGAGAAGUCUAAGCAGCGGCUGGAGGCUGAGGCCAGCAAGCUGCGAGAGCUGGCUGAGGAGGCUGCCCGCCUGCGUGCCCUCUCCGAGGAGGCCAAGCGGCAGCGGCAGCUGGCAGAGGAUGAGGCUGGCCGGCAGCGAGCCGAGGCUGAGCGUAUCCUGAAGGAGAAGCUGGCGGCCAUCAAUGAGGCCUCUCGACUGAAAGCAGAGGCAGAGAUUGCCCUGAAGGAGAAGGAGGCAGAGAAUGAGCGGCUGCGGCGGCUGGCAGAGGACGAGGCCUACCAGCGCAAGCUGUUGGAGGAGCAGGCAGCCCAGCACAAGCAGGACAUUGAGGAGAAGAUUGCACAGCUGAAGCGCUCCUCAGAGAGUGAACUGGAGCGACAGAAGGCCAUGGUGGAGGACACCCUGCGGCAGCGGCGGCAGGUGGAGGAGGAGAUCCGCGCCCUCAAGGCCAGCUUCGAGAAGGCCUCAGCUGGCAAGACAGAACUGGAGCGGGAGCUGGGCCGCAUCCGUGGUGAGGCCGAGGAGGUUCAGCGCAGCCGCGAGCAGGCAGAGCGAGAGGCCGAGCGACAGCGAGCGCUGGCACUGGAAGAGGAGGGCCGGCGGCGGGAGGCUGAAGAGAAGGUGCAGGCCAUCCUAGCAGCUGAGGAGGAGGCUGGGCGGCAGCGACGAUUGGCCUUGGAGGAGGUGGAGCGGCUGAAGGCCAUGGUGGAAGAGGCCCGGCGGCAGAAAGAGCUGGCAGAGAAGGAGUCAGAGCGGCAGAUCCAGCUGGCACGGGAGGCAGCGCAGAAGCGCAUUGCUGCGGAGGAGAAGGCCCACCUGGCCGCUGUGCAGCAGAAGGAGCAGGAGCUGCUGCAGACGCGGCAGCAGGAGCAGAGCCUCGUGGAGCGGCUGCGUGAGGAGGCUGAACGGGCUCGGCGGGUGGCUGAGGAGGCAGAGUUUGCCCGCAGCAAGGCCGAGCAGGAUGCAGGGCUGUCUCGGCAGCGUGUGGAGGAGGCUGAACGGCUGAAGCAGCGGGCGGAGGAGGAGGCCCAGGCCAAGGCACAGGCACAGGAAGAUGCUGAAAAGCUGCGGAAAGAGGCUGAGCUGGAGGCAGCCAAGCGGGCACAGGCAGAGCAGGCUGCACUGCGGCAGAAGCAGCUGGCAGAUGCUGAGAUGGAGAAGCAUAAGAAGUUUGCCGAGCAAACACUGCGGCAGAAGGCGCAGGUGGAGCAGGAGCUGACCAAAGUGAAGCUGCAACUAGACGAGACCGACCACCAGAAGGGCAUCCUGGAUGAGGAGCUGCAGCGGCUAAAGGAGGAGGUAACCGACGCCGUCCGGCAGAAGGCACAGGUAGAGGAGGAGCUCUUCAAGGUGCGGGUGCAGAUGGAGGAGCUGGCAAAGCUAAAGAGCCGCAUCGAGGAGGAGAACAAGGCACUGAUCCUCAGGGACAAGGACAACACACAGAAGUUCCUGGCGGAGGAGGCCGAGAAGAUGAAGCAGGUGGCAGAGGAGGUGGCCCGGCUGAGCGUGGAAGCACAGGAGGCUGCCCGCAUGCGGCAGCUGGCUGAGGAUGACCUGGCACAACAGCGGGCGCUGGCUGAGAAGAUGCUGAAGGAAAAGAUGCAGGCAGUGCAGGAGGCCACGCGGCUGAAGGCCGAGGCCGAGAUGCUGCAGAAGCAGAAGGACCUGGCACAGGAACAUGCCAAGCGGCUGCAGGAGGACAAGGAGCAGAUGCAGCAACGCCUGGCUGAGGAGACCGAGGGCUUCCAGAAGACACUGGAGGCUGAGCGCCGGCGGCAGCUGGAGAUCACUGCCGAGGCCGAGCGCCUCAAGCUGCACGUGGCUGAAAUGAGCGUGGCCCAGGCUAAAGCUGAGGAGGAGGCUAAGAGGUUUAAGAAACAGGCAGAGGAGAUCAGCCAGAGGCUGCACCAAACUGAGCUGUCCACACAGGAGAAGAUGACACUGGUGCAGACGCUGGAAAUGCAGUGGCACCAGAGCGAUCAGGAUGCUGAGAAGCUGCGGCAGGCCAUUGCUGAGCUGGAGCAGGAGAAGGAGAAGCUGAAGCAGGAGGCAGCACUGCUGCAGCAGAAGGCAGAGGAGAUGCAGGUGGCCCAGCAGGCGCAGCUCCGCCAAGAGACGCAGCUCCUCCAGCAGAGCUUCCUGUCAGAAAAGGACACCCUGCUGCAGAAGGAGAAGUUCAUUGAGGAGGAGAAGAUGAAGCUGGAGAAACUCUUCAAGGAUGAGGUAGACAAAGCCCAGAACCUGAAGGCAGAGCAGGAGCGGCAGCAGAAGGAGAUGGAGCAGGAGAAGCAGCAGCUGAAAGCCAUGUUGGAUGAAGCCAAGAAGCACCAGCAGGAAGCUGAGGAGAAUGUGCGGCACAAGCAGGAGGAGCUGCAGCAGCUGGAGAGGCAGCGGCAGGAGCAGGAAAAGCUGCUGGAAGAGGAAAACAAGAGGCUGAGGGAGAGGCUGGAGCAGAUGCAGGAAGAGUACAAGGCUGCCCUGGCCCAGACACGAGAGAUCAUGAUCCAGACAGAUGAGUUGCCCGGGGUGGCCACUGUCACCACCACACAGCAGCCAGACGUCAUGGCAGUGCCCAACGGCAGGGACAUGUUGGAUGGUCUGGCACAGAACGGGGAGCCUGAGUUUGCCUUCGAUGGCAUCCGCCAGAAGGUGUCAGCUGAGAAGCUGGCUGCUGCUGGCAUCCUGAGCAAGGAGAGUUUGGAGAAGCUGGUGAAGGGCAAGGUGAGCGUUGGCGAGCUCUCACAGCAGGAGGACAUCAAGAGGUACCUGAAGGGCAAGAGCAGCAUCGCUGGAUUGUUGAUCAAACCCUCCAACCAGAAAAUGAGUAUCUAUGAAGCCAUGAAGAAGAAGCUGCUGAGCCCUGGCACUGCCCUGGUCCUCCUGGAAGCUCAGGCUGCCUCUGGCUUCAUCAUUGACCCUGUGCACAAUGCCCGGCUAUCCGUGAAUGAAGCGGUGAGGGAAGGCGUCAUUGGACCUGAGCUGCACAACAAGAUGCUGUCAGCUGAGAGGGCUGUCACCGGCUACAAGGACCCCUACACCGGGGACAAGAUCUCCCUCUUCCAGGCCAUGCAGAAGGAUCUGAUCGUCAAGGAGCACGGCAUCCGCCUGCUUGAGGCACAGAUCGCCACCGGCGGCAUCAUCGACCCCGUCCACAGCCACCGUCUGCCUGUGGAAGCUGCCUACCAGCGUGGCUACUUUGACCAAGAGAUGAACCAGGUCCUGUCCGACCCCAGUGAUGACACCAAGGGCUUCUUCGACCCCAACACUCAGGAGAACCUCACCUACCUGCAGCUGCUGGAGCGGUGUGUGACUGACCCUGAGACAGGACUGUGCUUUCUGCCACUCACUGACCAGGCAGCCAGUGCCAGGGAGCUGCUCUACACUGACAAGGAGGCCAAGGAUGUCUUCAAGAAGGCUACGGUGACAGCACCAUUUGGCAAGUUCCAAGGGAAGACAAUGACCAUCUGGGAAAUCAUCAACUCUGAAUACUUCACUGAGGACCAAAGACGGGACCUUAUCCAGCAGUACAGGACUGGCAAGAUCACAGUGGAGAAGAUCAUCAAGAUCAUCAUCACGGUUGUGGAGGACAGUGAAAAGAAGAGCCAGAUGUGCUUUGAGGGACUGCGGGCCCCAGUGCCAGCUGCUGAGCUGUUGGAAAGCAAAGUCAUCACCAAGGACCUCUACAACCAGCUGCACCAGGGCAAGAAGUCUGUGAAGGAUGUGGCCGAGAUGGAGUCAGUUCAGCGGUACCUGAAGGGCACUGAUGCCAUUGCUGGUGUCCUGGUAGAGUCCACUGGCCAGAAACUGACAUUCUAUGAGGCCUUGAAGAGAAACCUGCUGAAGCCAGAGGUGGCCCUGUCCCUCUUGGAGGCACAGGCCGCCACAGGCUACCUCAUUGACCCUGUGAGGAACAAGCUUUUCUCGGUGGAUGAGGCAGUGAAGGCUGAGGUGGUGGGGCCAGAGUUCCAUGAGAAGCUGCUGUCAGCAGAGAGGGCAGUGACUGGCUACAAGGACCCCUACACAGGGCAGACAGUGUCCCUCUACCAGGCACUGCAGAAAGGGCUGAUCCCUAGUGACACCGGGAUGCGGCUGCUUGAUGUCCAGCUGGCCACUGGUGGCAUCAUUGACCCUGUCCACAGCCACCGGCUCCCGCUUGAGGUUGCCUACCAGCGUGGCUAUUUCAACCCUGAGGUCAACGCAGCACUCAGUGAGCUCCACGCGGAGGCCAAGGCCUUCUACUGCCCCAAUCAGCGCCAGCACCUCAGCUAUGGGCAGCUGCGGGAGAGCUGCCACCGUGACCAGCAGACAGGCCUCUGCCUGCUGCCACUGUCAGAUGAGGCCAUCCGGGCACAGCAAGAGGAGGUCUACACAGACAGCCAGGCCAAGGAAUGCUUCGACAAGGCCACCGUGGAGGUGCCUGUAGGCAGCAUGAAGGGCCAGACCAUGACUAUCUGGGAGCUAAUCCACUCUGAGUACUUCACUGAGGAACACAGGCGCGAGCUGCUCCGGCAGUACAAGACAGGCAAGGUGACCAUUGAGAAGAUCAUCAAGAUCGUCAUCACCAUCAUCGAGGAGGCAGAGACCAAGAAGCAGGAGAAGCUGACCUUCAGUGGGCUGCGGGCACCAGUGCCUGCCAGCGAGCUGCUGGAGUCCCACAUCAUCAGCAAGGCCCAGUAUGAGCAGCUGAAGGAAGGUAAGAAGUCAGUGAAGGAACUCGCUGAAACAGAAGCCAUCAAGAGGUUCCUGCAUGGCAGUGACUGCAUUGCUGGUGUCUAUGUGGAGGCUACCAAGGAGAAGCUGAACAUCUAUGAAGCUAUGAAAAGGAAUCUACUGAAGCCUAGCACCGCAGUGGUCCUUCUGGAGGCCCAGGCAGCCACAGGCUUCUUGAUAGACCCCGUGAAGAAUCGGAAGCUCUAUGUCAAUGAAGCUGUAAAGGCUGGUGUUGUGGGGCCGGAAUUGCACGAGAAGCUGCUGUCAGCUGAGAAGGCUGUCACUGGCUACAAGGACCCCUACUCAGGAGACACCAUCUCCCUCUUCCAGGCCAUGAAGAAAGGACUCAUUGUCAAGGAGCAUGGCAUCCGCCUGCUUGAGGCUCAGAUUGCCACUGGUGGCAUCAUUGACCCUGUCCACAGCCACCGCCUACCUGUGGAGGUGGCCUACCAGCGUGGCUACUUUGACCAGGAGAUAAACCGGACCCUCUCUGACCCAAGUGAUGACACCAAGGGCUUCUUCGACCCCAACACUCAGGAGAACCUCACCUACACACAGCUGAAGGAGAGGUGCAUUGAGGACCCCGAGACAGGGCUGUACUUGCUGCCUUUGCGGGAGCCAGAGAAGCCCAAGGUAGUGGAGACCACCCAUGUGUACACAGAGGCAGAAACACGGAAAGUGUUUGAGGAGACACAGGUGGACAUCCCCGUGGGCAGCAGGGCUGGCUCCUCCAUGUCGCUAUGGGAGAUCAUGCACUCUGACCUGCUGCCUGAGGAACAGCGCAAGCAACUGAUGGAGGAAUUCCAGUCAGGCCGUGUGUCCAAAGAGCGCAUGAUCAUCAUCAUCAUCGAGAUCAUUGAGAAGACCGAGAUCAUCCGGCAGCAGAACCUCACCUCCUAUGACUAUGUCAGGCGCCGCAUCACAGCUGAGGACCUCUAUGAGGCUAAGAUCAUCUCACAAGAUACCUACAACCUGCUGAAGCAGGGCUCCAAAACCUUCCGGGAGCUGCUGGACACAGAGACUGUCUGGAAGUACCUGUAUGGGUCAGGCUGCGUGGCUGGCAUCUACAUCCCCUCCUCCAAGCAGAAACUCAGUGUCUACCAGGCACUGAAGAAGGGCCUGAUCAGCUCAGAGGUGGCCCGCUCUCUCCUGGAGGCCCAGGCUGCCACUGGCUUCAUGAUUGACCCUGUGAAGAAUGAGAUGUUGACUGUGGAUGAAGCCGUCAGGAAAGGGGUGGUGGGGCCUGAGAUCCAUGACCGGCUCCUGUCUGCCGAGAGGGCUGUGACCGGCUACAGAGACCCCUACAGCGAGCAGAAGAUCUCCAUCUUCCAGGCCAUGAAGAAGGACCUCAUUCCCAGUGAGGAGGCCCUCAAACUCCUGGACGCCCAGCUCGCCACUGGUGGCAUCAUUGACCCACAUCUGGGCUUCCACCUGCCCCUGGAGGUGGCCUACCAGAGGGGCUUCAUAAACAAGGAGACCCAUGACAUGCUGUCAGAGCCCAGUGAGGUGCGGAGCUACGUGGACCCAUCCACAGAGGAGAAGCUGAGCUACACCCAGCUGCUGCGGCGCUGCUGCCCUGAUGAGGGCAGCCGGCUGUUACUGCUGCCACUGGGUGAUGCACGCCGCCUCACCUUUCGCGGCCUGCGCAAGCAGAUCACCGUGGAGGAGCUGGUCCGCUCCCAAGUGAUGGACGAGGCCACAGCCCAGCGCCUCCACGAGGGCCUCACCUCCGUUGAGGAGGUCUCCAAGAACCUGAAGAAGUUCCUAGAGGGCACCAGCUGCAUCGCUGGUGUCUUCGUGGACUCUACCAAGGAGCGGCUCUCUAUCUACCAGGCCAUGAAGAAGGGCAUCAUCCGGCCAGGCACUGCCUUCGAGUUGCUGGAAGCGCAGGCAGCUACAGGCUAUGUCAUCGACCCCAUCAAGGGGCUGAAGCUGACAGUGGAGGAGGCCGUGCGCAUGGGCAUUGUGGGGCCUGAGUUCAAGGACAAGCUGCUCUCUGCUGAGAGGGCUGUCACUGGUUACCGUGACCCCUACUCCGGUAAGCUCAUCUCCCUCUUCCAGGCCAUGAAGAAGGGCCUGAUCCUGAAGGACCAUGGCAUCCGCUUGCUGGAGGCCCAGAUUGCAACAGGGGGCAUCAUUGACCCCGAGGAGAGCCACCGCCUGCCUGUGGAGGUGGCCUACAAGAGGGGCCUCUUUGACGAGGAGAUGAACGAGAUCCUGCUGGAUCCCAGUGAUGACACCAAGGGCUUCUUUGACCCCAACACGGAGGAGAACCUGACCUACCUGCAACUGAUGGAGCGCUGCAUCACUGACCCUGAGACAGGACUGUGCCUCCUGCCCCUGAAGGAGAAGAAGCGGGAGAGGAAGACCUCCUCUAAGUCCUCUGUCCGCAAGCGCCGGGUGGUGAUCGUCGACCCAGAAACAGGCAAGGAGAUGUCAGUGUAUGAGGCCUACCGCAAGGGUCUGAUCGACCACCAGACCUACUUGGAGCUAUCAGAGCAGGAGUGCGAGUGGGAGGAGAUCACCACCUCCUCCUCCGAUGGCGUGGUCAAGUCCAUGAUCAUCGACAGGCGCUCAGGGCGCCAGUAUGACAUCGACGAUGCCAUUGGCAAGGGCCUGAUCGACCAGUCGGCACUGGACCAGUACCGCUCAGGCACGCUCUCCAUCACCGAGUUCGCUGACAUGCUCUCAGGCAACAUGGGCGGCUUCCGCUCGCGCUCAUCCUCAGUGGGCUCCUCCUCCUCCUACACUGUCAGCCCGGCCCCUCUGCGGACGACCAUCUCGAUGUGGACUGACCCAACUGAGGAGACGGGGCCAGUGGCUGGCAUCCUGGACACAGACACCCUGGAGAAGGUGUCCAUUACUGAGGCCAUGCGGCGCAACCUGGUGGACAACAUCACGGGGCAGAGGCUGCUGGAGGCCCAGGCCUGCACUGGGGGCAUCAUCGACCCCAACACUGGUGACAGAUGCUCAGUUGCCGAUGCGCUCGCCAAGGGCCUGGUGGACAAGAUCAUGGUGGAUCGCAUCAACCUGGCACAGAAAGCCUUCUACGGCUUUGAGGACCCACGCACCAAGACGAAGAUGUCUGCGGCACAGGCACUGAAGAAGGGCUGGCUCUACUACGAGGCUGGACAGCGAUUCCUGGAAGUGCAGUACCUGACAGGUGGGCUGAUCGAGCCUGAUGCCCCUGGCCGUGUCUCCCUGGACGAGGCAUUGCAGAAGGGCACCAUUGAUGCACGCACAGCCCAGAAGCUGCGUGAUGUCAACACCUACUCCAAGUACCUCACCUGCCCCAAGACCAAGCUGAAGAUCUCCUACAAGGAUGCCAUGGAGCGCAGCAUGAUCGAGGAUGGGACAGGGCUGAGGCUGUUGGAGGCCUCCUCACAGUCCAGCAAGGGCUACUACAGCCCCUACAACCUCAGCAGCGCAGGCUCCGCCGCGGGCUCCCGCACCGGCUCCCGCACUGGUUCCCGCUCAGGCUCCCGGCGCGGCAGCUUCGAUGCCACUGGCUCUGGCUUUUCCAUGACGUUUUCUUCCUCCUCCUACUCUUCCUCCAGCUUUGGGCGCCGAUACACCACGGGUCCCCAGAGCACAACAGAGCCGGUGGCUGAACUCACCUUUGCCCUUGCCUCACUGCCCCUGUUGAGCUGUGGGCAAUGGGCAAGUGAGGGGCACCUGGGGCUUAGUGAGUGCCCGCUGCCCAUGAGGCCUCCUUCCAGUCCCACCAAAGCAGUGCCAGUGCCACUGGGCGAGCUCCUGAGCUGGGUCUCCACCGUCAGCAGGUCCUGGCUGUUCCUAAGGGGAGCCACAGCGGCUGCUGGGCACUCGCUGACACAGGCACCUGGUGCUCCCAAUGAUGCCAGUGUCACCAGGAAGAGUAUGGAAGGAUCAGCGCUGGAUGGGGAGGGGAUGGAGAGCUCCCCACUGCAGCUCUGGCUGUGGGGCUGGAAUUGGGGUGGGGGACUCAGGGCACCUCGGAGAGCGCAGACCCGGAGCCGGGGGGUGCUGAGGGGCGGCGGGGCCGAUACGGGCAGCAGAGGGGCCAGCAAGUGCCGAUGCCGAGAGGAGCAGCAGGUGCCGGCGCCGGGAGCGGUUAGCAGGGGCCGGUACCGCGAGGGUCAGCAGGUGCCGCUGCCGCUGCCUGCGAGGGGGGUCGGGGCGGAGGGAGCGGCCCCGCUCCCCUCCCCCCGGCCGGGAUGGCUGCGGGUCCCGUGGGGUUUCCCCGGUAACGAGCGGGGGGUGAAGGCGGUGGCGGCGAGGUGGGGGGGGGGGGGCGGUAGGGUCAGCCCCGAGCCGGGGCCGCGCUGGGGCCGAGCCGGGGCCGCCCGGUGCCCCCGGCAGCAGCACAAAGGCGGCUGCAGCGGCACCAACACCGGGCACGGGCAGCGAUCCCCCUGCUCUUCCCCUUACCGGGCCGGGCCGGGCCCCUCCCAGACCAGCUCCGAGCCCCCGGCCCGGCCCCGGCCCCGGCCCCAGGGACGCUCGGUUCUGCCGGGGGGUAAGUACUGGGGGGAGCGGGCCCGGGCGCAAUGCCAGCAUAGCUGUUCCCACCACUGGGUCUCUGCCAUUGUCCUCCUCAGGUGGUGCUGGCACAGGACCGUGAGCUUCCAGCACCCUCUUGGGGUCCAGCUGGGUGCCAGAGUAGGAGAUGUGGUCCUGGCACAGCCCUGCCAUGGGGUGAACUGGGUUCAGGUCCCUUCGUCCCUGACAUUGCCAACUGGUCAGGGCACAGUGGGCACAGCAGCUACAUGGCUGCUCCACAGCUGCUCCCCCCACUCAGACAGGCAGCUCAGCCAGGUCUCUCCACAGGUAUCCACACAGGUUGUGCCUGUGCCAGAGGAGGUACUGGGCACUGAUCGAGGCCAGGACUCAGUGGAGCAGCUGCUGGCCUGGGUGGCAGACAUGGAGGAGCUGGUGGGCAACCAGAAGCCAGCCUCAGCUGAGGUGAAGGUGGCCAAGGCCCAGCUAGAGGAGCAGAAGCUCCUGAAGCGGCUGCUGGAGGAGCGGAGGCCACGCAUGGAGUUGUUCCUGCAGGACAGAGAUGUGCCAGCAGCACAUGGCCCUGGCACAGUGGUGCCAGAGGGCAGCAGCAGCCUCUCUGGCCUCAGGGAGAGGUGGCACAAGCUGAAGGAGGAGGCUGAAGCCAGGUAUGGCCACCUGGAGAGAAUCCUGCCAGCAGCCCAGGCCUUCCAGGAGACAGUGGACUCCUUCCAGGAGUGGCUGGCAUCCACCGAGCGGCAGCUGGCACAGCUCUGGCGUGCCAAUGGCUGCCUCAGCCGCCUGCAGGAUGCUCACCAGCAAACCCAGAUGCUGUGUGAGGAGAUCCGCGGGCGGCUGGGGGAGCUGGAUGGUGCCCUGGAGAGCGGCCAGCAGGUGCUGGAGAUGGUGACAGGGGAGGAGGCGCAGCUGGCACAGGAGAAGAUGGAGGCUCUGCGGAUGCGGUACCUGAUCGCUGGGCAGAGCAGUGCCGACGCUGAGCAGCGGCUGCGCCAGGCCCUGGAGGCCUCCUCCCGCCUGGGCACUGCCCCCGAGGAGCUGGCACUCUGGCUGGGUCGCAUGGAGACUGAGCUGGGCAGCUGGGACCGUGAGCACGAGGCCCCAGUCAGCGACAGCGACAGGGAGAAGUUCCAGCAGGUCCUGGAGGCUCAGCUCUGCCACUCAGCCGCACUUGGGCAGCGGCUGGAAGACAUCAGCCAGGUGCAGCUGGAUGCCAGUGCUCUCUGUGCCCAGCUUGCUGACCAGAAGCUGCUCUCAGCUGAGGUUCUGCAGCACCAGGUGCUGGUCGAGCGCCUGCUGGGGGUCUCAGAGCCACUGCUGCUUGCCUGCCCCGAGCCUCUGCGCCAGCACCUGCAGCCGUCUGUGCGGGCGCUGCAGGAGCGCGUGGAGCAGCUGUGCCAGCGCAGUGCUGCCAGUGCCCUGCAGCUGGAGCAGGCCCAGCACCUGCUGGCACAGUUCAGCGAGGCACUGGAUGAGCUCUGGCCCUGGCUGGAGGAGACGCGGGAUGUGGGCACGCAGCUGGCACCCAGCACCAGCGGCUACGACGCCUUUCGGGAGCAGCAGGCACUGCUGCAGUGCCUGCGGGAGGCCAUUGCCGAGCACCGGCCAGUGAUGGGGAAGCUGCAGCACGUGGUGGCACAGCUGGCAGAGCUGAGCCCCGAGCAGGUGGCCCCGUUCCAGCAGCGGUGCCAGGAGGCAGAGGAGCAGUAUGGGCAUCUUCGUGGGCGUGUGGGCCAGGCAGCUGCCGUGCUGGACGAUGCUCUGCCACGCUACAGCCAGCUAACGGAACGCAUGGACCUGCUGCUGGAGAGCCUGGAGCGGCUGCAGAGCCGCCUGCAGUGCCAGUCCAGUGCCCGUGGCGAUGCUGCCCAUCUGCGGGAGCAGCUACGCGAGAACAGCCUGGCACUGGGCGAGCUGGAGAAGCUGGGGGUGGCACUGGACACUGUACAGGCACAGGGCAGUGAGCUGCUGGCCACCAUGCAGGUGGCCAAUGCCGAGGCUGCGGCCAAAGGGAUCCAGGAACGGGCGGCGCAGCUGAGGGCACAGUGGGACUGUCUGCAGGGCAGGUGCCAGGAGCAGGAGCUGCGGCUGCAGGAGCUGCUGGCAUUGGCAGAGCGGUUCUGGCAUGGCCUGGCAGAGCUGGCACUGACCCUCAGUGACACCCAGCAGCUGGUUCUGGGGCUGGAGGAGGCUGGUGGUGAGCCUGAGACCAUCCGUGCCCAGCUCCGCACCAUGCAGGCACUGCGGGAGGAGAUCGAGGCCCUGCAAGGUGAGCUGGACACGCUGGGCACCCUGGGUGUGGAGCUGAUGGCAUCAUGCGGGGACCCCGACAAACCUGACGUCACCAAGAGCCUGGACGAGCUCUACUCCUCCUGGCACAGCCUGAACAAGGCCUGGACUGAGCGCUUUGCCCGCCUCGAGGAGCAGCUCCAGGCCGCUGUCACCUACCAGGACACCAUGCAGAGGCUGCUGGAGUGGCUGGAAGCAGGUGAGCUGCGUGUGGCAGAUGAGUUCCUGGUUGGAGGGGACCUGGACAUGGUGCAGCAGCAGCUGGCAGAACUCAAGGAGUUCAAGCGGGAGCUAUACCAGUGCAAGGUGGACGUGGAGAGCCUGCGGCACCAGGCGGGCACAGCUGGCACUGGGCAGGGGGACUCCCCUUCCCCCCUGGGUGACUUUCGGCGGCGCUGGGACCGGCUGGAAGAGGAGGUGGUCAGCAGGCAGCACCAGCUGGAGGCAGCACUGCUGGGCCUGGGCCAGUUCCAGCACCAGCUGGAGGAGCUCCUGCGCUGGCUGGGGCACACCGGGGAGCAGCUGCGGGGCCCGACCCUGCUGAGCCUGGACCUGCAGAGCUGCGAGAUCGAGCUGGCCAAGCACAGGGUGCUGCGGAACGACGUGCUGUGCCAUGCGCACACGGUGCAGGCGGUGAGCGAGGCCGGGCAGGGGCUGCUGCUGGGCGGCCUGGGCGAUGGCGAGGAGGGGCUGCGGAAGGGACUGCAGCAGCUGCGCCAGCGCUGGGACCUGGUGCUCAGCCAGACCGAGAGCCGCCAGCUGGAGCUGGAGAAUAACCUCAGCCAGGUGCAGGACAUCACGCUGGAGAUGACAGAGCUGCUGCAGUGGCUGGAGCAGGUGGAGCUGCAGCUCUUCUUUUCCAAGCCAGUGUGGGGCCACCCAGACACCACCAAAGAGACACUCACCGCACACCUGGAGCUGUGCCGGGUGCUGGAGUCCAAGCAGGACUGGUACGGGGAGGUGCGGGCACGGCUGCGGCGCCUGCUGGCCUCUGGCUGCCCCAGCAGGUCCUGUGGCACCCAGCACCGCCUGCGCGUCCUGGAGACCAAGUGGGACAGUGUGCAGGAGCAGGCUCGCCUCAGGAAGGAGCAGCUGGCUGAGGGGCUGACAGUCACCACCGAGUUCCAUGGCACCGCGCAGGAGCUGCUGCGUUGGGUGGCUCACGCCGAGGAGCUCCUGGGCUCCCCUUCCCCACCCAGCUUCGUCCUUGACACCGUCACGGAGCAGAUCCAGGAGCACAAGGCGCUGCUGAAGGAGGCAAGUGCCCAUGGGGAGCAGCUGGCAGGGCUGGAAGCCGUGGCUGCCCGCCUGAGGGACUUCAGCAGGAGGCAGGAUGGAGCUGUCAUCCAGAACCUGCUGCUGAGUGCCAGGGAGCGGCUGGGCAAGGUGCUGCAGCGGGCAGCUGAGCGUGGGGCACAGCUGGAGGACGCCCGCAAGCAUGCCAAGCAGUUCAGCGAGUCCCGGCGGCUGCUCCUGGACUGGAUGGAGGAGGUGGAGCAGAGCCUGGAGGUGCCGCAGGAUGCAGGCAUGAGCCAGGAGGAGGUCAAGAGCCAACUGGCUGAGCACAAGGCAUUCCAAAAGGUUCUGCGUGCCAAGCGCCCGGUGCUGGAGGCCACGCUGCGAAGCGGGCGGGCACUGCGGGAGCGGGCACGGUGCCAGCAGGACCUGCAGCCGCUGGAGGAGCUGCUGGGGGAGCUGAAGCAGCGAUGGGAUGGGCUCUGUGCCCGCGCUGCUGAGAGGCAGCACCAGCUGGAGGAGCAGCUGCUGUUCUCAGGCAGGUUCUCGGAGGCACUGCGGGCACUGCUGGACUGGCUGUGCCACGUUGAGCCCCAGCUCAGCCAGGACACGCCUGUCAGCGGGCACCGCGACCUGGUGGCUGACCUGAUGGACAAGCACAAGGUGUUCCAGAAGGAACUGGGCAAGCGGGCAAGCUGCGUGCGGGCACUGAGGCGCUGGCUGCGGGACCUGCCGCGGGGCAGUGCUGGCACUGGCGACUCGCAGUGGCUGCAGCAGCAGGUGGAGGAGCUCAGUGCCCGCUGGGACUUGGUCUGUGCCCUCUCUGUCUGCAAGCAGACCCGGCUGGAGGAUGCCCUGCGCCAGGCAGAGGAGUUCCACAGCCUGGUCCAGUCCUUCCUGGGUCGCCUCUCAGAGUCAGAAAAAAGCCUCAAGUUUGGCGUCUUGCCCGAGGAGGAGGCAGCUGUGCAGGAGUGCCAGGGCCAGCUGCAGGAGCUGCUGAAGUCCCUGCAGUGCCAGGAGCUGGAGCUGGAGUGCAUCACCUCGCUGGGGGAGGAGAUCCUGGCUACCUGCCACCCUGAUUCCAUUGUCACCAUCAAGUCCUGGGUGACAGUGGCCAAGAGCCGCUUCCAGGAGGUGCUGAGCUGGGCCCAGCAACAGGGCGAGCGGCUGCGGGUGCAGGCGGCAGCACUGGCGGCGCAGCGGGAGGAGGUGGCACGGCUGGCAGAGUGGAUGGCAUCAGCCGAGGAGGCACUGAGCCUGCGGGACCAGGAGCCGCUGCCCGAGGAGGCUGAAGCGCUGGAGGAGCUCAGUGCCCAGCACACGGUCUUCAUGGAGGAGCUGAACCACAAACAGCCUGAGGUGGAGAAGGUCACCAAGAGCAGCAAGCAGAAACUAGGCUCUGAUAUGGGCCCCCCAGCCACCCGCCGGCUGCCCUCACGUCGCCGCAGCAGUGGGAAGGCAGUGGGCACACUGGCAGUGCCACUCGGGGGGCUGGAGCCCCAGAGCCCGCUGGUGGCCCAGCUCCUGCAGCGCUGGCAGCAGCUCUGGCUGCUGGCACUGGACCGGCAGUACCGUCUGGAGACAGCCCAGCAGCGGCUGCGUGAGCUGGAGGAGUUUGCCCACUUUGACUUCGGAGCCUGGCGCCAGCGCUACGUGCAAUGGAUCGGGCGCCGCAAGGCGCGGGCACUGGACGUCUUCCGCGGCAUCGACCGGGAGCAGGCCGGGCGUGUCACCCAGCGCCAGUUCAUCACCAGCGUCCUCGCCUCCAAGUUCCCCACCAAUGUCCUGGAGAUGACGGCGGUGGCUGCCAUCUUCGACACCAACGGCGACGGUUUCAUCGACUACUGCGAGUUCGUCAGCGCCCUGCACCCCAGCCGCGACCCGCUGCGCCGUGGCGCCGACGCCGACCAGAUACAGGACGAGGUCAACAGGCAGGUGGCCCAGUGCAACUGCGCCAAGCGCUUCCAGGUGGAGCAGAUCAGUGCCAACAGGUACCGGUUCGGGGAGUCGCAGCAGCUGCGCAUGGUGCGCAUCCUGCGCAGCACUCUGAUGGUGAGGGUCGGCGGCGGCUGGAUCGCGCUGGACGAGUUCCUGGUGAAGAACGACCCCUGCAGAGUGAAGGGCAGAACCAACCUGAAGAUCAACGAGCGCUACCUGUCUUCCGACGCCUUCGGGGCCACCAAGGGCGCGGGGACCCCCGCGUCCCCCUCCCCCAAAGCGCUGUCCCCCAGCCGCUCCAGCUCCAGCCUCAGCCUCUACAGCAGCGCCUCGGCCCCCAGCAGCCCCCUGGCCCGGAAGUCGGUGCUGCGGAGGACGCGAUCCGGAGACCGCUGCCCUCGCUCCCGGGCGUCCCUGAUGCCCGACGGCGCUGAGCUGCCCGGUCCCGCGCCCCAGGAGACCGCCGCCCUGGCACCUUCCGUCUCAGAGACCCCCCAGCAGCACCCCCUGGCCCUGGCAGAGCCGCCUGAAGAGGCCCCCCCGGAGCACCGCAGCCCCUGCCGCUGACACCCCCCGUGCCCAGUGCCCCACUCAGGAUCCUCCCGAGGGCUGGAGGAUGGCACAGCUGUGCGCCCUGUGUGCCCCCAGACUGGCACUGCCACCCCCUGCCCCGAGCGGGCACCCACCUGCAAGGGCUGAGCUCUAUUCAUCACCCACCCACUGAGGCUACUGAUGCCACCAAGACUACCAAUGUCACCAGGGCUCACCCAUCCCACCAGACCUGGCCCUGGCAUAUAUGCAAGUACUCCCUGCCAUGCACCAACCCACCCCAAGGCUCUGACUGGCACUACUCUCUGCCCACCCCUCCCUCCCACCCCACCAGGCAGCUCUGGUGGUCUGAGCCUCAAUGCCCUCUCCCAGUGCCUGGGCAGCUGCCAGGAGCACUACGCAGAUGCAGGGGCAGCCAGGGCACCCAGGUGCCCCUGAGAUGGCCACGACUCUUUUCCUGGGCUAUUGUGUUGGCCACUGGUGCCCCCUGGCAUUUGGCACUGCUUGGAGGGAGUCUCCCAUCCUGCCACCCGUGCCACAGUGGGAAGUGGCUGGGCUUGGUACUGGGCACCAGUGCCCCACAGUGGAUGCCAAGCCCAAUUUCUGGUGCUAACCCUCACCCCCGCCUUCGGGCGCUCAGUGUGUGCCUGGCUACAGCUGCCCCCAACUUGCCCCAUCAGGGUUGGGGCAGGCAGGGGGUUGCUCAUGCCCAUGCCCCAUCCCACCUGUGGCACCCACGGGUGGCAGGACUGCACCCCCCCCGCUGACGCAUGCUAACGGACUGCAGUAGAGCUGAAUGUAACCCUGGCACGGCUGGCACGGCCCCACCAGCCACAAUAAAGUGUAGGUUUCUUUUUCUAUGA